AUGGCUGCAAUUGCUGCAAAUACUGAAUAUUUGUCAAAGCUUUCGGCAAAUAAGAUCAGAUCAAUCACUCCUUUCCAGUUCUUUGGUUCCCUUCACCUUCUUUCAAUCCCUUACUGGUGGGCUAUGAGCUUUCCUGCAUUUAUCCGCACAUUCUCUCCUACCAUGGAAGUCGACUACACCACCCAUGACUUGUGCUUCCCCAGCUCGUUCAUCUGGAUCCAUGCGUUGCGACACACCAGCUCCAAUGCCAUAGCUCGCUUGUCCCGCGCUUUGAGCACCGACCUCUCCAUAAAUCACCAUCCUCGAGUCCACUGGUGGUUUCGAAUAAUUCCAGUUCCAACAUUCCAGAUGCUGGUUUUGGUGGUGAAAACGAUAUUACGAAGCAUAGGCGUGUUUCUCAUGACGAUAUUCUAUGCCAAUAACUAUCUCAACACGCUCUUUAACUAUGGUGUCUACAUGAUAUUUGGUGCAAAUACCUUCACCUAUUCCGAUUUUUUCAUAGGCGAUUUACUUGCGUUCUGGGGACUGCAAAAUGGCCGCUUUAAAGCCAUGGUUGAGUGGUUUUACAAGGAAAGAAUACUACACGAGCCAAACAUUCAUAGCUUUAAAGAUGCGUUGGUUCAAAUCGUCCCCAUCUUAUUCCUCUCCAAAGUGGAUUUUGUGGUAGCAUCAUGUGGUGCUUCAUGUACCGGACUAAGUACUGACAAUGACACAUUUGUUAGUUGUCAAUUCAAAAACGAAACCUUGAUCCACGGAAUUUCCCUCCACCUUAGUCAAGCUGGUUACUCGCCUCAAGCAUCUUCAAAAUUAGCAUCGGUAACAUUCAUCUCUGUUGCUAUAUGCGCAGCAUUUUUCACCAUAAGCAUCCUCUGCUUUGCAAUGGUAAACUUGUUUCGUUCGCCCGUUAUGAAUGGACAUCUCUUGCCGUCGAUGGUGGUCAGUAUAUGGAAAGGGUGGAGUCAAAUAGCAUAG